GCAUCUCUCGGAAUGUCUGGACGUGGGAAGCAGGGCGGCAAGGCUCGCGCCAAGGCCAAGACACGGUCCUCCCGGGCGGGCCUGCAGUUUCCCGUGGGCCGCGUGCACCGUUUGCUGCGCAAGGGCAAUUACUCGGAGCGGGUGGGCGCCGGCGCUCCGGUGUACCUAGCGGCUGUGCUGGAAUACCUGACUGCUGAGAUCCUGGAGCUGGCUGGCAAUGCGGCCCGCGAUAAUAAGAAGACGCGGAUUAUCCCGCGCCACCUGCAGUUGGCCAUCCGCAACGACGAGGAGCUCAACAAGCUGCUGGGCCGCGUGACCAUCGCGCAGGGCGGCGUCCUGCCCAACAUCCAGGCCGUGCUGCUGCCCAAGAAGACCGAGAGCCACCAUAAGGCCAAGGGAAAGUAAAUAUCAGUC